AUUAGAAGAAGCUGGGAGGUGCAACAGGGUGUUCGUAAGCAGGAUGAACGGCUGCAGCGAACUGGUGCAAAGCCUCCAUCCUGCCGAACUGCUUAAGGGAAAGAUUGGAGUUGGCGCAAACUGUGCAGGUGAUCCUGCAGGAUUAUGCGCACAAUGUCAUUUAAACUAGGGUCGGUUGUGGGUACAGUAUAUUCUAUUUUGCACAGGAUUCUUCUUCUGUGAAUGCACCUUUGGAGCGCGCGGGGGAUCCGAUACGUGAUUAUGCCCCUGACGAAAGAGAGGCGGUGACGGGGGUGGGGAAGGAAAGGUUUUUUUUUAAUAUCCUGUAUUUGUGGCACGGGAAUUAAUUGCUGUCCAGGCAGAAAUUCAGGUAUUUUGUUAGAAGUGGACAGAUUUCUGGUUAUUGAACUACAGCUCCCGGAAUUCCUCAGUCAGGUAUGUUGUAGCCCGCAACUACAGAUCCGCAGCCCUCCAGUUUUCGCUUAUCACCUUUUUUAACCUCCUGGCUUAGAAGCAGAUAACAUUUAUUUCCCUGGAGCCUUUUGCCAACGCACACAAACGUCCCAUGAUUGCGUAAAAGUGCUUUACUAUAUACAGUACACAGCUGUGAAGAGGAGCAGCCUCCGUCUACUCAUAGUUCCGACGUGCUUUGCGGAGCAGCGAGUGGGCGGGCCCUCCUGCGCAGAGCUUCUCGGGACCUGAAGUCCUGCUUUCCCUCAACGGCCUCUGUCCUAAGCGGGUAAAUGGACUCGUUUUCCCGUCGUGCCCUUCCGGCUCCAUUGUCGCUGAGCCCGCCUCCCAUUGGACAGCCAGGAAGACGGGGCCCGCUCCCCUCAGCCUGACACAAUAGUGGAUCAAAGAUGGCGGACGGGUGUGCGGUGAGCUUAGUUGGGGCAGACUCGGCGCUACCCCCACCCACCCCGCCGUGCUCCCUGGAGGAGCAGGAGCUCAACCAGCGCCUUCGCCGCCUCUACCCGGCUGUCAACCUGGCGGAGACGCCGCUGCCGCGCGCCUGGAGCCCCAAGGACAAGUAUAACUACAUCGGCCUCUCCCAGGGCAAUCUGCGCGUCCACUAUUCAGGACAUGGCAAGAAUCACAAGGAUGCUGCUUCAGUCAGGGCUACACACCCCAUCCCUGCAGCCUGUGGUAUUUAUUACUUUGAGGUGAAAAUAGUUAGUAAAGGCAGAGAUGGGUACAUGGGAAUAGGACUGUCAGCCCAAGGUGUCAACAUGAACAGGCUUCCUGGUUGGGAUAAGCACUCUUAUGGCUACCAUGGUGAUGAUGGACACUCCUUCUGUUCUUCUGGGACAGGACAGCCCUAUGGCCCUACGUUCACGACUGGCGAUGUGAUUGGCUGCUGUGUGAACCUUAUCAAUAACACAUGCUUCUAUACAAAGAAUGGACACAGUUUAGGUAUUGCCUUUACAGACCUCCCUGCCAAUCUGUAUCCCACUGUGGGGCUCCAGACACCUGGAGAAAUAGUGGAUGCCAAUUUUGGGCAGCAGCCAUUUGUGUUUGACAUUGAAGAUUAUAUGAGAGAGUGGCGAGCAAAGAUUCAAGGCACAAUUAAGAGGUUUCCCAUAGGUGACCGGCUAGGUGAAUGGCAAGCCAUGCUGCAGAAUAUGGUCUCUUCUUAUCUGGUGCAUCAUGGCUACUGUGCUACAGCAACUUCCUUUGCCAGGGUGACGGAGAGUACAAUUGAGGAAGAACAGAUCUCCAUAAAAAAUAGACAAAGAAUACAGAAGCUGAUUUUGGCAGGAAGAGUGGGAGAAGCCAUUGAAGCUACACAGCAGCUAUAUCCAGGACUCCUAGAGCACAAUCCUAACCUCCUCUUCAUGUUAAAGUGCCGACAGUUUGUGGAAAUGGUGAAUGGAACUGACAGCGAAGUACGUUGUUUCAGUGCUCGCAGCCCCAAAUCCCAGGACAGCUACCCUGACUCCCCCAACCUAAGUCCCAGGAACAGCUCUAAUAGUUUGCACAUUCACAGCACUGGAGCAGACAGCCCAACCUGUAGCAAUGGAAUGACGUCCAUAAAAAACAGACAGAGUCACAAUAAAUAUCCAGCACUCACUUCGUCGUCAUCGUCCUCUUCCUCAUCAUCCCCUUCCUCAGUCAACUACUCAGAAUCCAACUCUACAGAUUCCACCAAGUCGCAGCAGCAUAGCAGCACCAGCAACCAAGAAACCAGCGAUAGUGAGAUGGAGAUGGAAGCAGAACAUUACCCCAAUGGAGUCUUGGAAAAUUCCACCACAAGGAUAAUGAAUGGCACUUACAAGCAUGAAGAGAUACUUCAGACAGAUGAUUCUAGCAUGGAAGAUGGCUGUCAUCAGAAGCAGCUUUGUGGAGGAAACCAUGCUGCUACUGAGCGGAUGAUCCAGUUUGGACGGGAGCUGCAAAUCCUGAGUGAGCAGCUAUGCAGAGAAUAUGGAAAAAACACUACACAUAAAAAAAUGUUGCAGGAUGCCUUCAGCUUGCUUGCCUAUUCCGAUCCAUGGAACUGUCCUGUUGGUCAGCAGCUAGAUCCAAUCCAGAGAGAACCUGUAUGUGCUGCACUCAAUAGUGCUAUAUUAGAGUCUCAGAACUUGCCAAAACAGCCCCCGCUGCUGCUUGCCUUGGGCCAGGCCUCCGAGUGCUUGCGGCUCAUGGCCCACGUGGGCUUGGGCUCCUGCUCCUUUGCCAGAGUGGAUGACUAUUUGCACUAGCCACUGAGUGAGACAGAGGGACCCCCUCCAGUGCUGCCACCAUCACCUCCCCUUUUCCUGCCACCCCUCCGCCUCCCCUCUGCAGAAGGACGCAUUUCGUGACUGAAAGGGGGAAUCUUUGUUAUGCCUUCAUUUCUGACAUUGGAAACUGCUUGGCAGGGUCCUCUCAUCAUCCUCACCACCAACUCUGCCCUGCAGCUGCUGCAGCACUCAGUAUUUUCACUGGUCAUUCUGAUGUAUAGCGCCUUCUGACUUUAGGAUUUUAUCUUUAUUUUAUUUUAUUUUAUUCUGUUUUUUCUCUGAGCCACCAGUAUUUAUAUGUGGAGAAUUUGUGCUGAGCUGGUUUCUACUAAUGUAGAGAUAAAAGUGUAUCUGAGUUGGUGAUGGCCUGGUUUUUAAAAAAAUAUAUAUCAUGAAGGGAAACUGUUGGCGUGCACGUCACUGGCACAGUAUUGUUCUGUCGUGCUAGUCCUCUAAAAGGGCAAGAGGUCUUAGUGUGUUCACUGAAGUCUGACGCAUGCUGCCAGAACUCUGCUGCUUUGGAUGAAUGGUCCUUUUUUAUUUCUUACACAUCCUGCACCACACAAAGUCAAAGAAAUCUCUGCUUUGCAGAAGGAUCAUUAGAAGCUCUAUCUUGGCUAGAGACGAGUGCAAAGAAUCAAAAUAAAAGGUGCUCAGUAUCUUCAGUCAAAUGUCCCCUGAAAGUGAGGAUAAGCCUAGACGCAAUCAGUGGCUGAAAGUAGUAAGUCACAGCUAGAGUAGGCUUAAUGAAUUAGUGGACCUUACAGAGGAGCGGACUCAGUAAACCCUCACUGAUUCAGUGUGCUGCUCAAGUUGUAACUUACCACUGGAUUUCACUGCAUCUAGAAUUUCUUGACUUGAAUCUAUUGGCAAUCAGAUAUCAGAUUGAAAAUUCCAGGACCAAUGAAAGCUAUUAGCACUUCUAGUCUAACAUGGUCAUUUUAGAUGGCAGAUGGGACAUGCCUUAUAGAAAUGUAGGGAGUAGUGACUUUUCCCUAUCAUAGUUACAGCACUCAUACGAUAUUUUGCAAUUGGAACGGAAGAAGGGAGCUGUGUGCCACUUCACUCUUUCCUGUUUUAUUUCAGCUGGUAGCCCUUUCCUGGGGCCUUUCACCUGGACUGACAUCUACCUCUUGAUGCAUUUGUUACUCAUUAGUUUCUCGGUAACUUGUUCAUCAUAACCAGUGAGUAGCCCACAGACUAGCUUCAAGACUCAGAUGGAUACAUGGGGAGCCAGCUCUUAUCUCCAUUGUUGGUUACAGAUCUUGGAGAUACUGAACUGAAGAUUCUUGGGUGUUUCUGUGACAACAAUAUAAAAUAAUUUUUUCAUUCAAUUGGCUUACUGACUAAAAUGUGAAAUUCAGCAUAUAAGCCAAUGUUUUUACCUUUUUUGAAACAAAAUUGUACACAUUUUUUACUCCAGGGAAUAGCCAUUAUUUAUUUUUAUUGCUUAGCUAGCCUUUUCUAAUCCAGUGUGUUGCCAUAAUCUUCACAAAAUACUGCUAGACAUUGUGAAUGGAAAUCUCACACGCCAACUUAAAUUAUUUGUGGGUGUACAUAUGUACUUGGAGAAGCAUGCUUUAUUAAAAACCGCUAUAUCUGGA